CACAUCUCAAAAUCAAUUGUUUGGCGCUUUUUCUUGUUUACGGCAUUUCAUUUUCUGAGGAAAUUCGCAUAUAUCGUACAUUUUGCCAAUUACAAAUUAAUUUAUUAUCAAAAUGAUGGAACCCUUUGAUCCCCGCUCCAUUGUCAACGGUGGCAUGCUGAAACAGUUUGCCGGCCAAACGGUGAGCAUCAUGGUGCGUGUGGAGAGUGUGGCGGGCGCAACGCUCCUGGCCAACUCCACGGACAACCAGAAGCUGAGAAUCAAUCUGCCGGGCGAACUUGGCGCUGCCCAAGGUGCCUGGGUGGAGGUUAUUGGUGUACCCCACGGAUCCGACUCCAUCAGAGCCAAAGAGGUGAUUGAGUUUGGCGGCGAAAACAUUGAUUUCGAUACGGAGGGCUACAAUGGCAUGACCCAUGUCCUGAACAACGUCAAGGCCUUUUAUCGCAGCGGAUAAGAGGCUCAUAAUUAGAGAAUAGAUGCACCUAGUUUACAAUUUUUUUUGUUUAUUUUUUAAAAAUAAAAGCGAGAUAAUCCUCAUACUCCUGGAGGGCAUUCCUACAAA